CAGGUGGGAAAACAUGACUCCGCCCUUAGUAAAGGAAGUAGCUAGCUAGCUAGCUAGAUAUUAGACUAUAUAAGUUUUUUUUCGAGGAGCAGAAUAAAACAACAGACCCGGAUUUAACAUUUAACACAUUUCCUUUAAACCUUUGCUAAAGAUUUGUUAGUAUUUUAGACGUAUCGGAUAUUAUAUAACGCGAAUUAAGCAUUUGUUUAUGUUAGCCUAGCAUCUAUGCUAGCUAGCUGCAAAGGUGUUGAAUGGCAGGCUAGUCAGCAUCAUGGCAUGAUGACAGCCGAUAAUCCCUAAGAGACAGUAAAAAAAAUGUCCAUCUCAGUUUUAUAAUCUGUUCGAGAUGAAGGAUAUUUAAAAGUCCAGGCAGAAAGUGUGUAGUCGGUAAGUUAGUUUGUUGGUUAGCUUUAGCGAGUUAGCCAGGGUUAGUGCUUGUGUUCAGACUGAAUGUCAUGGUUUAUACCUGGAACCAUGUCCUGUAAAUCUAAAGUAGCUCCCAGUGUGGAUUUUGACCACAGCUGCUCAGACAGUGUGGAAUAUCUCACUCUUAACUUCGGGCCGUUUGAGACAGUGCACCGAUGGAGGAGGCUUCCACCCUGUGAUGAGUUUGUAGGUGCAAGGCGCAGCAAACACACAGUUGUAGCCUACAGGGACGCGAUCUACGUGUUUGGAGGAGAUAAUGGGAAGAACAUGCUUAAUGACCUGCUACGCUUCGAUGUGAAGGACUGCUCGUGGUGUCGGGCGUUUACUACCGGGACUCCACCUGCCCCCAGGUAUCACCACUCCGCUGUAGUGUACGGAAGCAGCAUGUUUGUGUUUGGUGGUUAUACAGGUGAUAUCUAUUCAAACUCCAACCUUAAAAACAAAAACGAUCUGUUUGAGUAUAAGUUUGCUACGGGCCAGUGGACGGAGUGGAAGGUGGAAGGAAGGUUAGUGGCGCGCUCCGCUCACGGGGCCACGGUGUAUAACGACAAAUUGUGGAUAUUUGCUGGUUAUGACGGAAAUGCGAGGCUGAAUGAUAUGUGGACUAUUGGUCUUCAGGAUCGAGAGCAGGCCUGUUGGGAGGAGAUCGAGCAGAGCGGCGAGAUUCCCCCGUCCUGCUGUAACUUCCCAGUGGCUGUGUGCCGGGACAAGAUGUUCGUCUUCUCUGGACAGAGUGGAGCCAAAAUCACCAACAACCUUUUCCAGUUUGAGUUUGAAGGUCACAUGUGGACCCGUAUCCCGACCGAGCAUUUGCUCAGAGGUUCCCCGCCUCCGCCACAGAGGCGUUACGGCCACACCAUGGUCGCGUUUGAUCGCCACCUCUAUGUGUUUGGUGGAGCGGCGGAUAACACGCUGCCCAAUGAGCUGCACUGCUAUGAUGUAGACUCUCAGACAUGGGAGGUGAUUCAGCCCAGCGCUGACAGCGAGAUGCCUAGUGGGAGACUGUUCCACGCUGCAGCUGUGAUCCACGAUGCCAUGUACAUUUUUGGCGGAACGGUCGAUAACAACAUACGCAGUGGAGAGAUGUACAGAUUUCAGUUUUCUUGUUAUCCGAAAUGCACCCUUCACGAAGACUACGGAAAGCUGUGGGAAAACAGACAGUUCUGCGACGUGGAGUUUAUCCUAGGAGAGAGGGAGGAGAGGGUUCUGGGCCAUAUCGCCAUAGUAACAGCACGAUGUCAAUGGCUGCGGAAGAAGAUUCUUCAGGCCAGAGAUCGACAGAAACAAGUCAGCAGGAGUAAGCAGGAGGCCAGUGAAGAGAGCGAGGAGUCUGGGUCUGGUACAUUCAGACAAAAGGACAUCUCUAACACUGCAAGGUCAUCAGGAGGUCCUCCUCUGUUGGAGGUGUUCAUCAGAGAGGCUGAAGCUCAGCCGUUCGAGGUCCUGAUGCAGUUCCUGUACACGGACAAGAUCCAGUAUCCACGCAGAGGUCACGUCCAAGACGUCCUGUUGAUCAUGGACGUAUAUAAACUCGCCCUGAGUUUCAAGCUUUCUCGGCUGGAGCAGCUGUGUGUGCAGUACAUCGAGGCCUCGGUUGACCUGCAGAACGUCCUCAGCGUGUGUGAGAAUGCAAACAAACUGCAGCUCGACCAGCUCAAGGAGCACUGCCUUAAUUUUGUGGUGAAGGAAACUCACUUUAAUCAGGUGAUUAUGACCAAGGAGUUUGAGCAUCUUUCCACUCCUCUCAUCGUGGAGAUUGUGAGACGCAAACAACAGCCACCUCCUAGAGUCUACUCUGACCAGCCAGUCGAUAUAGGUACAUCUCUGGUGCAGGACAUGAAAGCUUACCUGGAAGGGGCGGGGCUAGAAUUCUGUGACAUCAUCCUGCUGUUAGACGGCCAUCCUCGUCCAGCACAUAAAGCCAUCCUGGCAGCUCGCUCCAGCUAUUUUGAAGCGAUGUUCCGCUCGUUCAUGCCCGAGGAUGGACAGGUGAACAUCUCCAUAGGAGAAAUGGUGCCGAGCAAACAGGCCUUCGAGUCCAUGCUGCGUUACAUUUAUUACGGAGACGUCAACAUGCCUCCAGAGGACUCUCUGUACUUGUUUUCCGCUCCGUAUUAUUACGGCUUCUCCAACAACAGGCUGCAGGCGUACUGCAAGCAGAACCUGGAGAUGAACGUUACCGUAGAGAACGUCUUGCAGAUCCUGGAGGCAGCAGAUAAGACUCAGGCUCUGGACAUGAAGAAACACUGUCUGCAUAUCAUAGUGCACCAGUUUAUCAAGGUGUCCAAGCUCCCCAACCUGCGAUCGCUCAGCCAGCCGCUGCUGUUGGACAUCAUAGAGUCUCUGGCAUCACACAUAUCAGAUAAACAGUGUGCCGAGAUGAGCUCCGAUAUAUAGGCAUGUCUCCUGGUCUCGUCUCCUGGUCUCGUCUCUUCUCACCUGUUUAUUUAUUCAUCUCAUGCAGCGUCUCUGCCGUGUCUCCCCCCUCCCCUUUCUCCACGCUUGUUCUUCCUACAGCCUGCUUCUCUUUCCUCUAACCACUGAAUCUGUGGGAAAUUCUGUGCAUGCUUUCAUUCCUAACACGUUCAUUCGCUAACCGGGUUGAAAGUACCUCUGAGCGUGUCGCUUUAAUCCGUUAAAUAUACAUCACUAUAACUGACUCGUUAAACGACAGCAAUUCCGUAUUUAUCGAUGUUAAUGAACAUGGAAGUGAGCAAAGCUUCCGUGUCCCGCUGCUGUCCUAUGAUGGACGUUGAUUAUUUUCCUGGAUCAGUACACACUAUAUGGCCGAUAUGUUGUAUCACACAUGUUGUAUGUGGGAUGUGGUAGCUCAGUGGCUAAAAUGUUGGGCUAUUGAUCGGAAGGUCAAGGGUUCGAACCCCAGGUCCACCAAGCUGCCACUGCUGGGCCCCUGAGCAAGGCCCUUAACCCUCAGUUGCUCAGUUGUAAGUCACUCUGGAUAAGGGUGUAUUAUUUAUGCCGUAAAUGUAAAUGUUCUUCUUUAACCAGAAACACGGUGGUCUAGAAUGUCUUUAUACGGUGUAAUGUAGUGGUAGUUUUCCUUCAGUGGAACUAAGAGACGUGUUCUAGCACGACGGUGAACCUGAGCACAAAACGCAGAGCUCCACGAAGACACGGUGUGGAUUUUAAGCUCGGAGUUGAAGAACCCGUGUGUCCUGAACAGAGCCCUGACUCUGACUCAACCCCACUGAACACCUUUGGGAUGAACUUGAACACCGAAUAAACCCCAGAAAAACCUUCUCACCAGGUAUCAGUGUCUGAUCUCACUAAUGUUCUUGUAGCCGAAUGAACCCAAAUCCACACGGUCACAUAAUCUCCGACAUCUACUAAAAAAAAAAACCUUCCCAGAAGAUGGAGCACAUUAUAUCUCAACCCCACUGAACACCUUUGUGAUGAACAGAAACGUUGCUCUCUAUGCUCGUGACAUCGUCUGAUCUCACAAUGCUCUUUCCAACACUCUCCACAUGCGAUCUCCAAAAUCUAACGGAAAGCCUUUCUCCGGGAGAACCGAGAGCUAAUUGUAACAGAAACCGGAUGUUCAUCAAGCACAUACAGGUGUGAUAGUCACGUGUGCACAUACUUUUGGCCAUAUAGUGUAUUUUACUUGCAUAUGAACAUCUAGUAAAUUUCCAUCAUUUGAUGAUUUGCAUAUCAGACGCGAUCGGUCCAUAGUUCACUCCGACGUCUCGGAAAAUAACACAUCAUACGACGUUCCGUCCGACGAUCAGAGGCACUUCAAUACGAUUCAUCGCAAAAGUAAAACGUCACAAUAAUUCAACUUACACGAACUAUUAUAAUCAAACGUCCAGUAACGUCAUUAACGUCUCUUUCCACCGGUGCCGUUAUUAAGUGCUUCGAAUCUACAGUAUGAUAUUUUCUAUACAGCACUGUAAAUAUUAUAUACUGAGAUUUAUUUAUUCCUAAACUGUUCAGUUUAUUUUUUCACCUCCUUCUUGUCGGUUCUUUAAAUGUUUCCAAUGACUGUAAACUGAAUAAACAUGUACAGCUUUACACUCCUGGUAUCGUAUGAUUUAUAUUUUAACUGCAGAGACUAUCAGUGGACUGACUUCUUCUUCUUAUUAUUAUUAUCUGCAUUACUUCUUCCUUAAUAAAAUGUUAAAACGA